AUGGAAGAGUUGGAUGGGUUAUAUACUCCGCCGAUUGUGGAGUACAAGAAGUGUCGGUUGAGCGUGACCGACUUCAGUUCCCAGUUGUGGUGCGAGACGAAAAUGUGGUACAGUCUGGCGACUGGGUAUCGGGAGGAAACGUUGGCGAUGCGGCAGGGUACUGAACGUCACCUGCAGUUGGAGAAGGAGGACCACGAAGUAGUCGAAUUGGAGGUGAGUACACGGGAGGAUAAUUUGGGAAUACGUCUCUUUAAUACUCUCGUUUCGCUGCAAGAUAUUUUGCCCCGCCAAGGCAAGGUUCGCGAAGUUUGGGUAGGUAUAUGCAGGUUUGACUCUGUUGUCCGAGGCGUCAUUGACCAAAUUGACUACGUUCGCCACCCCUCUGGAGCCUUGCUGAUUAAGGAUACCAAGACCCGGAGAACACCCGACGAACCUUCGCUGGCACAGAAGAAGACCUCCGCCAUACAGUUGCAAGUUUACAUGUGGCUUAUUUCAGAGCUGAGACGCACCUACGGCCAUGAGGACUGGACCAAAUUCUUUCAACUUUAUAAUGUGGACCCCCAAAGACCAUUCGAGACAGAAGUACUCCAAAAAUGGAGCAAUCUCAAUGACUUAAUCUUGGACUAUCACCGGGCAUUCGCACAGCUUCCAGUGCUAACCGACUAUGCAUUGGUGGAAUAUGAAUGCGCUGGGGUAAUGUUCAAGGCGGACCAAAUUCCUUACCGACCUUCGGCAACUAUGUUUGCUUUGCACGACGCAUUUGCUCUCUGGUGGGGUGAGAGGCGGGCUCCAAGGCCCGUCAAACUUGACGAGAAGUGGAAGUGCUAUAAGUGCUGUUUCCUAGGGAUUUGUGGCAACACUCCCCUUAGCGAAGAAGAGAAGGCGACGUGCAUUCGUCAGAAGCAAGAACUGGAUGUCCUAGCUCAAGACCUAGAAGAACUGGGAGACUGA